CGCGGGCGCGGGACGCGGGCCCGGAACCGGAAGUGGGCCCCGCGUUGCCAUGGCCGCCCUUCAGUCCGCGGCCCUCGCCUGCGUCUCGCUCGUCAACUUUCUCUUCGUCACCUGGAGCAGCGGCGAGUUGGUGGCGUUCAUCUCCCUGCGGCACAUCUACCGGGGGCAGCGGCCCGGGACCGGGGACACAGAUGCAGACCGACACGAGGAUUGGCAGUCCACCCUGGGAGACCGCAAGGUCCUCCUGACCCUUGCAUUCGACCUGGCGCUCCUUGUAGUCUUCAUUCUGCAGCACAGCCUGAUGGCAGCGGAGACAGUGAAGAACUGGACGCUGGCUUGCUUUGGUGUGCUCCAGAGAUCCCUCUAUGUAUUCGCUACAGCCGCCUCUCUGCAGUUGCUGAUGAGGUAUUGGCAGCCCAUCCAGACUGCACCCUUUCUGUGGAACAUCAGCUGGGAGCCCUGGGCAACCUGGUUCCCCCUGAUCUGCUUCAUCAUUCACAUCAUCGCCUGGCUAAUCAUCUUCAGCAUUGUACUCAUCUUCGACUAUGCCGAGCUCAUGGGCCUUAAGCAGGUUUACUACCACUACCUGGUCCUUGGGGACCCGAUGGAGCUGAAGUCACAGAGGGCCCAGCGCCUGUACAGCCACCUGCGGCACCCUGUCUUCCUGGAGUUCUUGGUCGUGCUGUGGCUGGUGCCCAGCCUGUCCCUCGACCGCCUGCUGCUGUCCGCCACCUUCACCCUCUACCUGGUCCUCGGCCACGGCCUGGACCAUCAGGACUACCGCUACCUGCGGGCGCAGCUGGAUAAGAAGUUCGAAAUCUUCUCCCGAGAGGAGACCUCCUUCACCCACUCUGCCCCGGGCAACGGGGUGGGCGGGCACAGAGAGUAGCUGGUCGUGCCCUUCCCAGCACUGUCCAGCACUGCUCACCCCCUACAACAGCAACUAAAUGGGAUGGCCCCUAGUCACCUCCGACUACACAUACGCUGGGCCCUUUCAUAUAAAGAACAGGAAAUAUAUAACCGUCCGGUUAAAGUGGCCGGAGAUUUUAGUCCUGUGGGGGGGAAAAAACACAAAAUGCUGUAGUAACUCAACAGGUCAGACAGCAUUACUGGAUAAAUGAUGGGUCAGAAUUCGGGUCAGUUCCUUUCAGUUUUGGGUCCUGACCCAAAAUGUCACCUAUCCAUGCUCUCCGGAGAUGCUGCCUGACUCCCUGAAUUACUCCAACAUUUUGCAUCUUUCCUUGGCAAACCUGCAUUUGCAGUUCCUCGGUUCUACAGAUAAACUGGGCUUUUUUUUAAUAUAGAGAACGAGAAAUAUUACCAUCAGUUAAAGUGGGCAGAGAUUUUGGUCUUGAUGGGGAGGGGGAAAGACACAAAGUUCUGGAGUUACUCAGCGGGUCAUCUUUGGAGAACAUGGAGAGGUGAUGUUUCUGAUCGGGACCAUUCCCGGGGAUUUUAGACCAGCUGUCCUUGUGGGGGGUCGCCAGUGGGAUAUAUUUUGCCUGGGUGGGCUCCCUGCACUCAGCGGGCUUGUGUCCAUUCUGAAUGGGCACCGUUCGAGCGGCAAGGCCUCCGCAGAUUAGCCAGCGCAAAGUAUAACUGAAGCAGAAAAGCACAGAGUGCCAGAGGAACUCAGUACGGUCAGGCAGCAUCUGCGGAGGGAAAUGGAUUCACGACAUUUCGGGUCGGGAUGGGAUCCCCCUUCAGAUGAAAGUGUAACGUAGUCAACUUGCGUAGUUAGCUGGGCCCACUGUAUCAGUAUCAGUCAGGAAAGAUGUACCCGGCUCAUCAAGUACAGGCAGCUUGCGUUUUACGCAGGGAUUAUGUAACUAUAAGGCAGUCCGUAACUCAAAAACACGUAAAUUAAAUGUAUACACGAACGACACUGCCAGCCAUAAAUUUCAGUACAUUAUUUCAAAAUUACAGCACUUAAAUUUGAUUUAAGUAUUAAUCAAACAAUUAACCAAAAAAGUAUAAAUUAAACCAACAUAAAACACGAGGUGCCUGUACACAUCAAGACAGGUUUUAGACCUGUUAAGAAUUCUUGCUCUCUCCCACCCAACAAUCACUGGUUUUCAGAUGUUAAUAUAUUUUCUCACCUUCCCUCCUAAUCUACCAGUUCUAGUGAAUCCUUGCAAUAACAGACCUCUAACGGAUUUUGAUUAUAUCAAUAAUAUCAAUAUCAAUAACAAGGCUCCCGUCGCAAGGCUGUCCCACUUCCGCUAGUUGCCCAACGAGCUGGCACCACGUGGCGUGCUUCAGAUUGUGGAAGUGGAGAACGCGAGCAGCAAGAAGGCGGGGUGAGUACCGGGCCCGUCCACGGCGUGCCGCGUGUGUGGCCAGUGGCUUUCUGUGGCUCCGUGGCCUGUGAAUUAAUCACGCUUGUUUAAAUCUCUCCCCCCGCCCCCCAAAAAGCACAGUUUCUUCCUUCCCGGCCUUGGAUUGAACUUUACCCACUUCACUUGGUUAUAGUGGACAAUUGGCAAUAACGGACAUCAUCUCCUCCCCCCCGUGUCCAUUAUAACGAGGGUUUACUGUACUUUGAAUCUACAAUCACUGGCUUCUGUUGGCUUGGUGUAGAGUUACCACGUAAUGGGCCAGUGGGUUUUGCCGUCCUUCAAUUCUUCACCGAACUGAAGACAUCAA